UCCCCCCCGGAAGCUCCAUCACCAAGUACAGCCCUAAUAACCUGCAACGCGGGCGCAAUCCCCGUCCCUCCCGCCAAAAAAACGACAUCGCUCACGUCGGGGGGUAUGGCGUAUUCAACCACCGGACCGCGGAUGUCGAUUGUGGAUCCAAUGGGGAGGUGGGAGAGGUAGGUCGAUACUUCGCCGCCGUGUUCGCGGCGGAUGAGGAAGCGGAGUGUGCCUGGUGUAGAGGGGGCGGCGGAGAGAGGGGGAGGGAGGGGGGUGUAAGAGCGUGCGACUUGGAGUUGGGGUUGGCGGAAGGUUAGGGACCAGAUGGUUGGCCAGAGGGGGGCGAAGGGGUCGUCUGGUUGUGAUGUGGAGGAAGAGGGGGUUUGUGAGGGCGGGGGGGAGAGGGUGAAGACGAUAGAGGUGGGCGAGAUGGGGGUUUUGGAUGUGAUGGUGUAGGGUGUGAAUAUGCGGUCGUGUAGCCCGGAUCUGGGUGCUGAGGAGGAAGAGGAGAGCUGGUAUGUCGUUGCUCCCGCUGCGGCGAGGGCGAGGGUUGUGAGGAGGAGGGUGGUUGUCGCUGAUUUUCGUGGUGGUGGAGGGACAGAUGCGCUGGGCUCGGCGCGAGUGGUCGAGAAGCGGGAUGUGAAGAUGACGGCGACCGGCGUCGUAUUAUGCGUAUACCCUACAUCUCCCCUACAUACCCGCCGCGUCGAGCGCGCGAGUUGGGCGCAGCGAUGCAUUGAAGCUUUUCGUUUUGGUGGAGGAGGUUGA